AUGUUCCAGGAAUUCCACACCGCUAAUAAACUCAACAUAUUCCAGGGGUUCUACGAGAUACUAAUGACAUUUGAGAGAUACCAAAAUGGUUUCCAAUCAAUGCAGCAGCCCCAGUCGCACACCGGGCAGCAGCCCCAGUCGCACACCGGGCAGCAGCCCCAGUCGCACACCGGGCAGCAGCCCCAGUCGCACACCGGGCAGCAGCCCCAGUCGCACACCGGGCAGCAGCCCCAGUCGCACACCGGGCAGCAGCCCCAGUCGCGCACCGGGCAGCAGCCCCAGUCGCGCACCCCCAGUCGCGCACCGGGCAGCAGCCCCAGUCGCGCACCGGGCAGCAGCCCCAGUCGCGCACCGGGCAGCAGCCCCAGUCGCGCACCAGGCAGCAGCCCCAGUCGCGCACCAGGCAGCAGCCCCAGUCGCGCACCAGGCAGCAGCCCCAGUCGCGCACCAGGCAGCAGCCCCAGUCGCGCACCGGGCAGCAGCCCCAGUCGCGCACCAGGCAGCAGCCCCAGUCGCGCACCCGGCAGCAGCCCCAGUCGCGCACCCGGCAGCAGCCCCAGUCGCGCACCCGGCAGCAGCCCCAGUCGCGCACCCAGGCAGCAGCAGCAGCCCCAGUCGCGCACCCGGCAGCAGCCCCAGUCGCGCACCCGGCAGCAGCCCCAGUCGCGCACCAGGCAGCAGCCCCAGUCGCGCACCCGGCAGCAGCCCCAGUCGCGCACGA